CUCACGCUUGUUUUGGUGACUCGUCCUGUCGCAGGAAAGUGACGUCGCAUAGAACAAUCUGGAAGCGUCGCUGUGAGCGCAAAUCUGCUCUGAACUUGUGGGGAUUCACACUAUUGUCUUCAUAUAAGAGAACCAAGGUUAUCAUUUAAAGGUGAACAUGGUCAAGGAAACGGGCUUCUAUGACACACUGGGUGUGAAACCUAAUGCUACUCCUGAUGAACUGAAAAGGGCCUAUCGUAAACUAGCCCUGAAAUACCACCCUGACAAAAAUCCUACUGAAGGAGAGAAGUUCAAGCAGAUCUCACAAGCAUAUGAGGUUUUGUCAGAUGCCAAGAAGAGAGAGCUGUACGACCGUGGAGGUGAAAAGGCUAUAAAGGAAGGAGGAACUGGUGGCGGUGGCGGUGGGGGCUUUGCAUCGCCCAUGGACAUCUUUGACCUGUUUUUUGGUGGAGGUUGUCGGAUGCACAGAGAGCGAAAAGGGAAGAAUAUCGUUCAUCAGAUUACAGUGACGCUGGAAGAUCUUUAUAAUGGAGCUACAAGAAAGCUUACUGUCCAUAAGAAUACUAUUUGUGAGAGAUGUGAAGGUCGAGGGAGUCGGAAGGGAGCUGCACAGAUGUGCAUGACUUGCCACGGCACAGGCAUGCAGGUCCGUGUGCACCAACUAGUACCAGGUAUGGUCCAGCAAGUGUCCACAGUGUGCCACAGCUGUCAGGGCCAAGGACAGAGAAUCAGCCACAAGGACCGCUGCAAAGCAUGUGGAGGCCGGAAGAUCCUGCGACAGAAGAAGAUCUUGGAGGUCCACAUUGACAAAGGAAUGAGGGAUGGCCAAAAGAUUGUUCUCCAUGGAGAGGGAGAUCAGGAGCCAGGACUUGAGCCAGGUGAUAUCAUCAUUGUCCUGGACCAGCGAGAACAUGCACGUUUCACCAGGAGAGGAAAGGACCUGAUCAUGUCCAUGGAGUUACAGCUGGUUGAAGCUUUGUGUGGUUUCAAGAAACCUGUACCGACACUGGACAACAGAGCUCUCCUCAUCACCUCACACCCAGGAGAAUUGAUCAAGCCUGGAGACACAAAGUGCGUCUUGAAUGAAGGGAUGCCCGUUUAUCGCAGACCGUUUGAGAAGGGACGCCUCAUUAUUCACUUCUCAGUGGUGUUCCCACAAGCCAACUUCCUCCCCAAGCACAAGCUGAAGGAGCUGCAGCGCUACCUCCCAGAAAAGGUGGACGCAGAGCAGCCAGACAGUAUGGAUGAUGACCUCUACAUCUACGCCGACCUGGAGGACUGCGACUUUGAGAACAGAAAAAGACACCACCAUCAGUACUACUACAUGGAUGAAGACGACUACGCCAGCACUGGAGGUGUUCAGUGCCAGACGUCUUAAAUAACAACUGGCUUGCUCGUAUUCCAGAAGCCCAAACCAUCAUCUCUAAAGCAAAGCACCUUUUUGAAAAUUUGUGCACUUUUUAUUUUAUUACUUUUCUCAAAAUCAUAACUGUUAACUCGUUGAAAUUUCUUUCAAGCUGAAUCAUAAAACUGUGUCGCAACGCCAUCCUGAUUUAUUGUAAUACUUUUUGGAUUGAGUGGAGUAUCUUAAAGUUCCAGGACUAAACUUGGAUCCAGGCGAACGGGAUUCCUCGUCAUUUCUUGGAUCUUAUUUUCUUUUUCUUUUUUUUUCUUUUCCCAGUCUCACUGUGAUUUUAGACGAGGGCUGGUAUUAAAGAUGCUUCAGAGGAAAGAAAAACUUCUUUGUCGAAACAAGGACUGCCUGCUUUUUAUGCAGUUACAGUACAAGUGAUGGCCAAAAUUAAUCUGAAAAUAACCUUUUUUUUAAUAGUGUUAUUAAAACAGUUGUUGUUGUGAACCACUUGUCCAUGACUCUUUCAAUCAGUUGUGUGUAAAGACCUAAUCUUCAGAUGGGGAUGGAGAAGAGGGAUAUGCAUUGAUACUUGACAACAACAUUUAUGCUGUUUCACCCUUUCAAGGGCUAUUUUCUUAACAUUUUUAAACAAUCUUGACAAUGUGACAGGAAGAUGUAAAGUUAAUAAUGAUUCGGGCAGGAGAGUAUCUAGGUUCAUGCCACUAAAUUGUAGAUUGUUCAGACUAAUAUAUAAGUUUUGUAUAAUAUUUUUCCUUCUGAGCUGCGGGUUGUCUGUUGUGAUGCCACAGUUGUUUUUGUUUUGGGAACCUUGUGUGGGGAGUGCAACAUCUCAUAUAUAUAUAUAUAGAUAUCUAUAUAAAUAAAGCUAAAUAUGCAUGGCAGGGUAGGUUUUCAGAGAAAAAAAGGUCAAAUGUUUAAGAAGUCUUUAUUUUGGAACAAAAUGCAUAGAUCAGUGGGGGGCUUCCAAGAAGCAGGUUAUCUGGAUAAUUGUAUUCAAACUCAGAAUAGGUAUUUUAAUGUUGCAGAUUUUAUCUGGUUUGGGGUUUUAGCAGAAAGUUAUACAGAUAACAAAGAUAUAACAGGCCCCUAAUGCCUUGAUGGCAAAUUUUUUUCCUCUCUUUUAAAAGUAUCAAGUGCCAAGUUGCAGCCAAGUUGAAUUAAAAAAAAAGAGUGGGUAAUGUCUAGGUUGUUGUUUUACAGGUUGGAUGUUCUUCAGAUUAUUUCAGUUACUUCUCUGGUCUCAAGACCAAAAUCUGGAAUUUAAAUGACACAUUUUAAUCAAAGUAGCAAGUUAAAUUAUUUGAUGGGUUUUUGCCGGUGUUGGCCCACAAGCUAUUAAGUGUGUCUUUUUUCGUAUUUCUGAUCCUACUAGUAAAUGCCAGAUGGGACUUAAAAUCGGCACACCUGAUACCUCAUUGAAUUGUCUGCCUGUUUGAAAGCCUUAUCAUAACUUAACUUGAAGCUACUUGAUAAUGCAGGUGGUUUGUUUGUUCGUUUGUUUGUUUGUUUGUUUGUUUGUUUGUUUUUUGAUUGAUGAUUUUUGCCUUGAACAUUGUAAAACACAACUGAGCUCACAGAAGAGAGGCUCCUUAAAUGUUUCGACAGUUGUUCCUGAAAGCAGAUGCAAAUUUACGAGUAGUCAUAAUUUCAGGGGAGUUCAACUAAAGUGAGUGUUGGCAAGGUCUUAAUUGCGUAUUUGAAACAAUGAUCUACUUGUUCGUGCUCAUGUUUUCUAAUUAAAUGCAGUUUGAUGGUCUUUCUAAA